GGAAUAACCUCAAAUAAACUAAUAGAAACUUCGGCUUCGGUCGACGGCCUUAUGAAAAAAAUAUUGUUCUGGAAAGUUAAAAUAACGUAGUUCUAAUUUAAUUUAAUUGUGUGAAUUAAGAAACAAUAGUUGAAUGUGUUGAUAUAAAGUUCGUUUAUGGAGUGAAAUAUUUAAUAUAUUUUGUUGUUAAAAUAUACUAUCGGCAUUUUGAGCUUUUUAGGUAUUGCAUGAUUGACAAUGUUUAGACCAUUCCAUAAGAUUUUGAAGUUACCGAUUAAAAAUUUAACAAAUAAGUAUGAACUGGUGAGAGUGAUCGAUCAACAAAAAUUGGUGCUUCGUUUCUAUGCGGCAGGUAGUAAGAAGGACAUAGAAAAUGCUGUUGAAGAAAGGCCAUUCUCAAACUUGAUGAAAGAUACUUCACCUGAAAGCCGUAAAGUUGACACUGAGAUAGAUAAACCAGAACCUCUAGUGCGAGGGUCAUCUGGUGGUUCCUCUAGUAAUGAAGGGAAGAAGAAACCAAAUGUUAUACUAUAUUUGAGUCCAGUGAUUGCUGCGGCACUAUUAUACCAGCUUUGGGUCACGUUUUCAAGUCGUAAAGAUGCUGAGUCCGUCACUGUAAAAGACAGUAAAAGAAAAAAAAGGAAAGAAUGGACCAUACAAAAGCUGCCACCUUCAUCUGCAGAUAUUCCCAGUCAAGUGCCUUACUUGUUGAUCGGAGGAGGCACCGCAUCCUUUGCUGCUUUCAGAGCUAUCAAGUCUAAUGAUCCAACUGCUCAGAUUCUAGUGAUCUCAAAUGAACCUUAUUACCCAUACAUGCGGCCACCUCUUUCAAAAGAAAUGUUUUACGACGAAGAUCGAGAAUCCGUUCGUAAUCUCAAGUUCAGACAGUGGAAUGGUAAACAGAGAAGUUUGUUUUAUGAACAUGAAGAUUUCUACGCGGACAUAAACACUCUGAUGUCAGCCAAGAAUGGAGGCAUUGCGGUGGCCAGGGGUUGGUCUGUCACUAAGUUGGACCCCCAGAAUCGAAAGGCUUUCCUGGACGAUGGCAAGGAAAUCUCCUACAGAAAGUGUCUCAUUGCGACUGGAGCCAAACCAAAGAACCUGCCAGUGUUUGAGGAAGCAAGCGAUGAAAUCAAAGAAAAGGUGAUGCUUUACAGAAACAUAUAUGAUUUUGAAGAGUUGGAAGAUAUUAUGCAUGAUGGAGCUAAAUCAAUAGCUAUUAUUGGAGGUGGAUUCCUAGGCAGUGAACUAGCGUGUGCCUUGGCUCGCCGAGGCAAGCCGUACGGACUGACAGUGUACCAGAUCUUCCGAGAGGAUGGGAACAUGGGUAAGGUGCUGCCAGAGUACCUCAGCAAGUGGACAACUCAGAAAGUGAAGAAGGAAAAUGUCCAAGUGAUCAACAAGGUGGAGGUGUCCAAUGUGGAAAUGAAAGAUGGGAAAGUUAUUCUCAAACUCACCAAUGAUCAUCAGGUGGAGGCUGACCAUGUUAUAGUUGCAGUGGGGGUGGAGCCCAAUACUCAGCUGGCUAAUACAUCAGGACUUGAAGUCGAUCCAGAAGUGGGAGGGUUCCUGGUCAAUGCAGAACUAGAAGCCAGAUCAAACCUGUAUAUUGCAGGAGAUUGUGCAUGCUUCUACGACGUGAAACUGGGCCGACGUCGAAUUGAGCACCAUGACAAUGCAGUUGUAUCCGGCAGACUGGCAGGUGAGAACAUGACUGGAGCUGCCAAGCCAUACCUGCACCAGUCCAUGCUGUGGUCAGACCUUGGACCUGAUGUGGGUUACGAAGCUAUCGGCAUUGUCGAUUCCUCUCUGCCCACCUUCGGUGUUUACGCCAAGCCAGACAAACAAGAAGAGGGAGGAGAGGAAAACCCAGUAUCUAAAGAAGACUAUGUUAAGGGUGUCAUAUUUUACUUGAAAAAUGAUGUCAUUGUAGGAAUAGUCUUAUGGAAUAUCUUCAAUAGAAUAGGUGUUGCUAGACAGGUAAGCUGCAUAAUACUGAUUUGUAGCCAAUGCUUUAGUUGUAGGUACAGAUUUAUAGUACAGACUAUAAUAUGAACUAAACCCCUGUUAUUCUGGUGUCUUUGGAAGCUGUAAUCUGCUUGAUUACUGAAAAUGGUGAAUUAUGGAGCAUUGUUUAAAAAUACCAGCAAAUAAGUUUCAGACGUUCUUGAAACUGGGGACUGUCCGUAAUCUGGCUUGUGUUUAGUGGUACCAGUUAACCCUCCAGGCAUCCAUCAUAUUUUGUGGAAUACACGUCUGUUUUGUCAGGUUUAGCAGAACUCUCCUUGUAAAAUAUAUAAGAGUACAAUUUUUUACGUAAGCACUGUUUUCCAUACUUAUGGAGCGGGUCGGUUUACAACGAAAUCUUUGUUGGAUGGAGCACCUUCUUAAUGAUUGACAAGGUGAUAAUCAAAGCAGUAAAACCACACAACCAAUACCGGUAGAAACGUGAAAUCUAAUGGCAGUGUAGUGGGGGACUGGCCAAGAGUGGCUGGCUGAUCUUGAACAGACGUCACGUCACACAAUGCACAAUCGGUUCUUACUUUAAAAAUUACCCACGUAUAACAAAUAUUAAUGGUAACUAAUAUAUAAAUUAUUGUAUGUAAUUUUGUAUGAACUAAGCUUUCAGGCUGUGUAUUGAUAAAAAACCCCUGCCUAUGACACAAAAUUAAGAUGCUCCACCUUUGGUUCAAUAUCAUACUACAUCACUUAAACCUAAAACAUCAUGAGCAAUUGAUGAAGUGUUCUCAAAGCCAUUAAAAAUGUGCAGUAACAAA